UGCCUGCCGGCUGCCGCCGUGCCAUGCCACGGUGCCACUGCCGCCGCCACCACCACCACCGUCCACCUCCUGGCCCUGGCUCUAUAAAACCUCGGCCCGGAGCAGCUGCCUUCUCCUCCCCAAAUAUCUCGCCCCGUCAGCAGCUUCACGCACAGCACAGGGAGAAAAAGGCCGGCUAGCGAUGGCUGCCAAGGCCGUCUCCUUCCUGGUGCUCGCGCUCCUGCUCCUCGCCGUCGCGGCGUUCCCCGUGGUGGUCGUGGCCGGCGGCGGCAACGGCAAAGGGUACGGGUACGGGUACGGGAACGGGAACGGGAACGGGAACGGCGGCGGCGGCAACCUGAAGCCGUGGGAGUGCUCGCCCAAGUGCGCGUCGCGGUGCUCCAACACGCAGUACAAGAAGGCCUGCCUCACCUUCUGCAACAAGUGCUGCGCCAAGUGCCUCUGCGUGCCCCCGGGGUUCUACGGCAACAAGGGCGCCUGCCCCUGCUACAACAACUGGAAGACCAAGGAGGGAGGGCCCAAGUGCCCCUAGAUCAGAUCAGAUCCCGGCCGCCAUUGUUCCUGCUCCUCCUCCGGUGGCCGCUGCUGUCAAGAUCCACCGGCUUACUUACUUACUGAUGAUCCCGGCACUGUUCGUGCUCUGUUCUCCCCCUAGCUGCUAGGUGUGCUAGUGAUGCACUGCCAGGGUGCGCAGACAAGGCAGGCGAACCGGGGCGACCCAUGCCGGUCGCGCUGCAUGCCCGCGUGGCUGGGGCGUUGGGCUCGUGAGCCGCCCCUGCUACUGCUAGGCUGCUACUACAGGUCCAGGACCCGUGUCGAGCGUUACGCCGUUACUUCACUUGCCUGCCUGGAAAACGAAACUGCAGAAAGGUUUAGGCGCUUCUGCUCUCUGCUUUUUUACGGGUCCGCCGCUUUCCACAACGAUUUGCGAUCUGAAUCUGAUUAGCAGCACGCAGUCUGUGACUGUGAGGGGCAUGUGGUUAGGCCCGCGGAAUGUUGGGCGUGGAUCAAGAUCUGAAGAUCUCAAGGCGGUGGAUGAUUUUUUAAUCAGUGAACAGGAGCUGCACAGUAGUCGCUAGCGCCGAACUCCUCGCCGAUCGAUUUGGAGUGCUGGGAGAGAGCGCGCGGGCCCGGGAGAAUAAAUGAGCCGGCGGCGUCGCUAGCAACCGGCGAGGACAUUUGCGGGUGGCCUUAGAUUCCAGCGGUCCCGUAUCCUAAUCGCCUUUUAGCGCGGCUGGAUUGCCGGGCACAUGGCCCGCCGGGGACAGGGAUUUUCUAUUUUGGAUGUGUUUAGAUCUGUAAAAUACUGGUAAAAAGAAUCAUAUUGGAUACUGUAGCA